AUGCCGAACGCGAAGUACCUCGGACUGAGAGGCGGAAGUCUCGCGACGGUCAUCAGUACUGUCUGUGGACUGUGCUUCUUAUGUUUCGGUUAUGCGCAGGGUGUUAUGGGCGGUCUCUUGACCGUUCCCCAAUUCCUGGAUCGCUUCCCUCAGGUUGACACAUUGGAUCCUGCGCAGGCGUCGUUCCACAGUGCGUGGGUCACUGGUCUUGCAGUAGGAUCCUGGAACCUGGGAUGUCUGGUCUCUGCCAUCUUGUGCAUCGUAGUUAGCGACUCUCUUGGCCGCCGACGUACACUUCUUCUCGGCAUUACAAUUUGGACAAUAGGCGAGAUCAUUCAGACUUCGUCGUACAGCUUCGCACAGUUCAUUGUGGGGCGAUGCAUUGCCGGUUUCGGCAACGGCUUCACCACGUCCACAGCCCCUGCAUACCAGGCUGAGUGUGUCAAGUCACACCGUAAGGGAACAAUAUUGAUGAUCAGCGCGGGCGCCUUCGUUGCAGCUGGCUACGCGCUAUCGUAUUGGCUCACCUUCGCCUUCGCCUAUGUUGACUCUUCAGCGGCAUGGCGGGUUCCCAUCGCGUUUCAGAUCAUCUUCUCCUUGCCCGCUAUCGCGUUACUGUUCUUCUUGCCAGAGUCUCCACGAUGGCUCAUCCUGACGGGUCGAGAACAGGAAGCGUUGAACGUGCUCGCUGCCCUCAACGAUGCCGACGUCGAUGAUUUUGAGAUCAAGGACGAGUUCCUGCAGAUCAAGGAUGCUAUCCUGAUCAUGGCUCAAGGGUCGACAGCAAGUAUAUUCUCGAACAAGGAGCGCCGCGGUUUCCAUCGUGUUGUUCUUGCCUACUUCGUCCAGGUCUUCCAGCAGGGGACCGGUAUUAAUCUUGUUCUGCAGUACCUUAGUUGGAUCUUCUUCACUCGCAUGAACUACACCGGAUGGCUAGCACGUCUCCUCGCUGGAUGUUCUGCCACCACGUAUUUUCUUGCCAGUUUUGUCGCUGUCGUCGGUAUCGAUCGCUUUUGGGGCCGUAGGUCAUUGAUGAUGUUUGGUGCUUCUGGUAUGAGUGGUUGCAUGAUUCUUAUUACAAUCAUGCAGUACCUCUGGACUGAGCGCAACGUUACCGGCACAAGAAUUGCCAGUACUGUCUUCCUCUUCGCGUUCUCUAUGUUCUUCGCCAUCGGCUGGCAGGGAAUGGCCUGGCUGUACCAAGUUGAGAUCGUCCCUUUGAGAAUCCGUGGACCGGCUAAUGCCAUCAGUACCAGUGCCAAUUGGAUGCUGAACUUCGUCGUAGUCUUUAUCACCCCCAUCGCGUUUACCAACAUCGGCUAUCGCACCUGGAUCAUCUUUGCUGCGACGAACUUCGCAAUCAUCCCCCUCGUUUACUUCUUCUACCCAGAAACUGCAUUCCGUUCGCUCGAAGAAGUCGAUGUCGUUUUCGCACUUGUUGACGAGGAGCCUGGCAACCCUUGGCUCAGUGUCGUGAGGAUCAGCAAGAACGAGCCGCUGUGGUUCGGUAAGCGUGGCGAGAAGCGCUUGGACUUCCAGUACCAGAAUAGCUCUUGGCAUCGCAAGUUGAUGGGCAGCAGUGGCAGCAGCGGGAAUGGUACCGGAAGUGACAGCAACAGAGUGAUGAACGAAAAGGACCAGGCGGCAGAAGAUUUCAACCGUUCCCUCCAACCUACAGAACCCGGCCUUGGCAUUGUUACUUCCAACUGCUAUGCAGGCCAGCAGAACGGCUACAGACCCGCAAGCCCCGAGUCCCCCAUCGACCCUCGACUGUCCCCUCCCAACUUGAAAGAUACAUCACCGACAUCGACUAUGGGCGACAAGAAGCUGCGCAAGAAGAACAGCCGAACACACCACAAAGACUCCCUCAGCAGCGAGCCCACUCUCAUCCAUCAGGAUUCGCACGACAGCGCCGACCCACCACCCAUCCACCGCAACAAGAGCGAAAGAGACACAUGGUACCAGAGCAAAGAGUCUCUCGCAUCCGCCGAAGCAACCGGAACACCAGUAUGGUACAACUCGGAAACUGCGGCGCCACUCCCAGACCCGCCAAUAAUACGCUCCCGCAGCAAUUCAUCUUUACCACCAUCACGACCCACAUCACGCGGCCGCCAACGGCGCUCCCGCCCAAUGACGGCAGACACGCAGCGCAGUUUCCUGUUCGACAACGAGUCGGAUCACCACGCCAUCACGGCCGAUGAGCGCAUCGAGAGUGAGUCGCUCAGCUCGGUAAACUACCCUGGCAGGCUGAAUGGCGAUGUUAGGCGAGGGCUUACAAGGACGGCAAGUGGACGGGAGACGUAUCUCCCCGAUGGGAUCGUGGAGGACUUGAGGGAUGGGAGUGUGGAGAGGAAUAUAGAGAGGAGGCUGAGUACUGGGAGUGCGAUUGGAAGGCGGUUCACUGCUAGGGAUGCUGGGAGAGCGUUUUAG